AUGCCUUCCCACGGCCAGUACACCACCGAGCAGGUCGAAUAUCCAUCCCAUGGCGAGGCCAUCGCUGGCAUCCUUUUCAAGCCGACGAACGUCUCAAACCCGCCGGCUGUCGUCAUAACUGGCCCUUACUCGUUCAUGAAAGAACAGGCCCCUUUCCAGUACGGCACCCGCCUCGCAGACGAAGGCUUUGCGGCACUCAUCUUCGACCCUCGCUCUGUUGGUGGCAGCACCGGACAACCGCGCCGUCUCGAGAAUCCCAAAAUGAAGAACGAGGAUGCCGUAGCUGGUCUUGACUAUCUCGUUUCUCGCGGCGACAUCGACGCCAGCAAGCUCUUUCUCGCUGGCAUAUGCCAAGGAGGGCCACAGUCCCUUGACAUCGCCUCAUACGAUGAUCGCGUCGUGGGAGUGGCAUCCGUGUCAGGAUACUUCCGUGAUCACGAAACGGAUGUCUACAUGAUCUGCGCCGGCUGCGUCAACUGGAAGCCUGGUGACGAUAUUGGUGCGAUGAAGAUGCCUACACCAGAACAAGGCGAAGCGCUAUAUCAAGCACGAAUCAAGCGAGCAGAGAAAGCUCGCGAAGGAUUCGAGAGUUCUGGAAAGGUCCAAUAUCAACCACUGGUCGAUCCGCAGGCUGCUGAUCCAACGACCGGAGCUCUCGCCGGGUUGCCUGGCCCAGUUGUCUGGUCAUGGUACGGUCCAUGGACGCUCAAGGGCUUCGAAAACCGCUACGCCGUCAUGAGUGACCUUGACCAUUUCGGGUAUACAACGGCACCUGGCGUUGCGAAGCUGAAUAAGCCGGCUUUGAUCAUCCAUGGCGAUAACUGCAUGAACCCUCCGGCGGCGAAGAGACACUUUGAGUCGAUCCCGAUUGAGAAGAAGAAAUUGAUCUGGAAUAACGAGGUUGCUCAUUUUCAGCACUAUGAUCAGCCGGAUUGUGUUGAUCGGAAUGUGGGUGAGAUCGCGGCUUGGUUUGCGACGUGUAUGUAG